UGCCGUUAUUCUGUUUGCAAAUGUUUAUUUCCGAAUAAUUCUUAAAAUGUUGUCGAAUAGUCGAUCGGCUCGAGUGCCGAAAUGUGCAAGAUGUAGAAAUCACGGCAUGAUUUCGACUUUGAGAGGACACAAGAAGCAAUGUAUUUAUAAAAAUUGUUCGUGUGCUAAGUGUGGGUUGAUUAAGGAGCGGCAAAGGAUUAUGGCGGCUCAGGUGGCCCUAAAACGUCAACAAGCGGCUGAAGACGCAAUCGCCCUUCAUCUCGCCUCGGCUGAAAACGGCACCACUUAUGAUUACCUCCCUCCUGGACGCAUCUACGGCAUGCAAGUCACAUCCCCUGAGCCGGAAGAAGAAAAACAAACGGCUCAACAAGAAACCCAAGACGAAAUCCUAGUCAGUCCAGCCUCCAUCGAUAUGCUUAGCAAACUUUUCCCUAAUAAAAAAAGAUCUGUCUUGGAACUCGUCCUAAAACGUUGCAAUCACGAUUUACUCAAAGCCAUAGAACAUUUUAAUUUGACCAACUCGAAGAGUAGUUCUUCGGAGUCUGAAUCUAGCUCUAAAGAGGAAAAUAGUUCAGCUUUUAAACCGGUUGAAGCGAACAAACCUAAACCUUUCACAACUCCACACCAAAACUCCUUGCCUUUGAUUUCUGGAAGCAAGGUUUUCAUGCAUAGUUUGUAUCCGUUUUUGCCGUUGUUUAACCCACAACCUGUUUUACCUAGUCCGGUUUAUGUUCCAGGAUUUUGCGAAUGUGAGCAGUGUAAACAUAGUCUUUACGCUAGGUUGGAACCUAGACAGUAAAUCGAUGUGCAAUAGAAAUACAAAGGCAGGUUAAUCCAAAAUUGUAGACAUAAAACUAUUAUUAUGCCAAACACUUUUACAAAAACCUGUAUAGAGAGUAGAUUUUGAGUAUUUUUAUUUACAUUUAAUUAUAAUUCUCUGAAUGUGACAUCGUGUAUACCCAAGCAAUUAAUGUGUCUUUUGUUUUAAUUAUUAGGAAUCGUUUUGUUAAAUAUAUGUUUU